AUGUCUGAGGAAAUUCCUGAAUAUGUUAAUUUAGAAGAAAAGAAUACUUGCACAGUUUGUCAAGAUAUAAUUAGUCCAACUCUUCAAGAAUCAAUUACAAUUUUAUCAUGUCAGCAUUUUUUUCACAAAAAAUGUAUAAGCCAUUGGGUUGUUGAUUUAAAACUUUUUUGUCCUAAUUGUCGAAAUGAGGCAGGUACUAAAAACAAGACCGUUGAAAAUUUAAUAAAUACAGAUAAUGAAGUUAAAAAUUUAAUAAAUACGGAUAAUGAAGUUGAAAAUUUAAUGAAUAUAGAUAAUGACGAAAACUCUGACACUACCAAGAUAAUACCUACUACGUUCACGAUGCCUAUAGCAUUUACACCUAAUACACUUAUGACGCCUAUACCGUCUAUUAUGCAUAUAGCAUCUACAGCACCCACUACACCCACUAUACCUAUAACACCUACUGUAUUUAUAUCUACAGUGUCUACUAUACCUUUAGCACUUACUACGUUUCCAGCAUCUACUUCUACUACAUCUUUAGUAUCUGCUACAUCCAUGGUACCUUUUACACCUGUAGUAUCUGUUAUAUCAUCCUUUACUGAACCUACAUCUACAGAACCUACCUAUACUGAAUCUAUGUAUAUUGAACCUAUAUAUGCUGAAUCUAUAUAUAACGAAUCUACAUAUACUGAAUCUAUCGUAUCAGUAGCAUCUACUUCAUCCGUUUCAUCUGUAAUAAGAAAAGAUAAAAAUUUUCAAGGAAUUUUCAAGCAAUUAAAAACUCCUGUUGAUAAUAUAUCCGAAGUUAUUAGUAGUAGUGAAGAUAACACAACAAGUGUUGUUGAGAAAAAUGAUAUAACAUCAGGUUUGGUUUUACUAUAUAAUAAAGCAAAUCAUAAUAAAGAACGUGCAAAACAUGCAAACCAAGCUGAAAUAUUAUCCUGGUAUCAUUAUGCUGAAGGGUUUGAAAAAGAAGUAAAAAAAGUAUUAAAUAAUACUAGAAUAACUAUAAACAAGGCGAAAUCAAAAGUUUAUAGAGAACUUUUGACCUGUCUUGUAGAUGUUGAUUUACAAACUUUAUAA